AUGAGCUUUCUAGCACCCACGACUUAUACAGCUCCACCACGGCUGGGCCGCGGACGACCAUUGAAGACGAUAUCGGAAUAUGAGGAAUGUAAUUUUGGCUUAAAGAGCGACAGCGAAGGAGAUGAUAGUGACAGGACAAUCAUCGCGCGACCAGCUGGUUUGGACGCAAGACUUGCAGCGGCGAAGUGCGGGCUUUCAGGCGCGAGCAAUAGUACGGCCUCGUCGCCGGUCGCGUCCUCACCUUGCAGUGAAGGAAGCAGUAUCGACGAAAGCAUACAGCAGCAAGGCGGUCGCUUCUCGUUAACAGAUAGCGAUGCUGGCACAGUCUUCAGCGAAGAUUGCCCCUCUCUGGCUGGGUCGAAUGACACAACAUUUUACACGAACUCUAGCCGCAACAGUACUUCCAGUGAUCAGAGUGGUCGCGCUACUCGGAAUCGAUAUCCCGGCAUCCUUAUACCUCGUGACUCAUGGAUUGGGGAGAACAUUAUCAAGGAGGUGACUCUGGGUAUGUCUCCCGCGCAGAAAAUUCUACUUUCGCCUCAAGCGCUUUCCGCCCUACCUCAGAAUGUGCCGGCUCUGCAUGCACCACCAUCUUUCGGUGAUAGAAGCAGUAUAGCAUCGAACUCACCAGCAAUCCCUGCCAUCAGUAGCGCACCAGUUACCCCAGAUCAUCAGAACAACAUUCCUGCACCGGGCGCUGCUUGGGGCGCAGGUGCUGCAGCUGAGGAUGCACUACCACUGCAAACGCCCAUCGAGAUCGCCAUUGACGAGCACCAUAGCAUUUUGGUUUCACCACGCGAACCACAGUAUCCGUCUGAGAGAGGGUCCACCGACUAUUCUACUGAUUGGAGCGACAUCGUGGUUCGAUUCCCACGAAUUCCAGGCGCUACACCACAGGAGACCACACCUGUUGAGCAUGACCUGAGCGAUUUGAGAGGUUUCAAUGUCCAACCUUCUGAGCACGGAGUUCAGUUACCGACGGAUGCGAUGAAGCUUUUACACGACUUGACACGAUCGUAUAGCCCAGACUCCAUAUCUCAUCAGUCCGGCACCUCUCGAGCCAAACAGGAGAUGCGAGAACGUAGCGAUGCAGGGAGUCGACCAAGGAGUGCCAGCGCUGUGCCCGAGACUCCUACCUUUUCGGACUAUAGCUUUUCGCAACUGAGUAUACCUUCUCCUGGUGGCUUCUUCAGCUCUCUCCAGGCAAGUAGUCGUGCGACUUGGUGCUUCCCAGCUCAAUCGCGUGCACCCAGUAUGCCGUCUUCUGCCGUUGCAGAAAACUUUUAUGAGCUACCAUGGGGACGCACAUCCACCACUAUUGAAACAAUUCUCGAAGUACCAGAUCGAGAGCUCACUGAUGGCCCUCCGACUGCACGCCAGACCGAACUAGGCGUCCCUGAUGAAUACAGAGCAGAUUCAGAGGAGGACGAUGAUCUGUACGGCAGCCAUGAGUCAGUCCAGGUGCCAGCCCCACAAAUGAGUCCUGGGAUGCGCUACGAAUACGACGACGCAUAUGAAGACGGAUUGAAGCAAGCAGCCGAAGUCAACAUCGACCGUACUGGUGAUUGGUUAUCUGCACAGACAUCAUAUAUGUCUGCUCUGAGGGAGAGUAAUCCCAUGAAUGACCCAGCAGACUAUAUUCCACAAACCCCACAUCCACUCAAUGACAGUCCUAUCGACAACGGAGAAUCGCCUGCAAGAAAAGCGGUAAGAUUCCUUGAGGAAGCCAUCAAUGUAUCAGAGAAUACGGUCACCAAGAAGCAAAUUAUUGCUGAUAUUGAACCACGAGAUCGUGUCUUCUUGCAAGCAUUUGAGAAUUGCUGCUCACAAAAAGGACGAAAAGAUACCUUCCUUCAGGGUACUUCACGUCUCGAGUCCGUUAAUAACUCUCGGCUGACCAUGCCGUUGCGCCAUGUUCAUACACUACUGAACACCCAUACCACAGAGACUUUGCAGGCACAUAACCGGCCAAAGUAUCGAGGACCCUUUGGUCAGAACCCACGCGCCACAGGAAAUUUCCAGAAGACGCCUGAGCAGAUCCUUUUCGCGGAAGCUGAACGCAAACAGCGUGCGGUCGAGCACAUUCUGCCUACGAUGUGGUCCAUCGAAGCACAGCGCCAAGUACUUCACAAAGGAUACCUCUUCGCCUGCCCGGCAGCUGUGACUCGUCUAGCUUCGGAAUCUAGCCGACCUCGUCGAGUGCUGGACCUUGCUGGCGCUGCCACCGGCUCUUGGGCUUGGUUAGCCGCUCGAAAAUGGGCUAACGCCGAAGUCGUCACCGUGCAAACAAGAACUCAGGCCCUGCUUGCCUCUCAGUGCAUGUGUACUGCAACAGGCAGUACUGCUCCUAUUAAAGCAGAAGGUCCAUCAAAUCACAAAGUCAUCACCGUUCCGGCGUUGUGGAAACUGCCAUUUAAGGAUAACUCCUUCGAUGUUGUCACAGCACGAACACUGCACAUGUUCCUUCGCUCACGACCAGUACCUGAAGUAGUGUCAAUCAACGAGUGGGACUUAACACUCAAAGAGUGUAUGCGUGUUCUCAAGCCAGGUGGAAUCCUGGACUUCGUCUUGCUCGAUUCCAAGAUCGUCAACAACAACAGCGAGAACAAGAGUAAACACAGUCGCGACAAUAGCGAGGAAGCAACAGCCAGUAUAAGUCCAACAGCUGCUUAUGGUCAGGGCCUCACUUCACCACCACCCACCGCAACCUUUGCUGCGACUACGUCGCUCCUCAACCCACCCAAGAUCAAUUUCGGACGUGAUCUGAGCAAGAAUGGCUAUGAUGCUGAUGGUGGCUGCUCCAAGAUCGCGCAACGUCUCGAAGAUGCUGGUUUCACAAACGUCAAGCGACAGUGGAUUGGUCUACCAUUAGGACGGACAGGUGCAACACAUGACAACGUUGCAGCCAGUUACGAAAUCUUCGAUGCAGCAGCCGCAGCAGAGAGUAAGACGAAAGACGCCCAAGCAGGUCUUCAGCGCAGCAAGAUUGGGUCAGUUAAUCACGCCAAUGGUCGCUCACGGACACCAUUCCCUCCUGCACCAAGACCAAUCUCCGAGGUAUCAACCAUUUCUCGUAUUCUCGAGCAGUACUCCAAUGUAGAAGCAGUACACGGUCCAGUAGGUAGCACAGCAGAAGUGUCUGAUAUUGCUGGUCUCCUCGGCACAAUGAUGUGGGAGGAGUGGCUUGUCCGACACCGACUAGAAGUCCUCAAUGGCCGAUCGAACAUUAAGAGAAGAGACAACACCGAAGCCGUCGACCCAAACUUCGAAGCCACCAACCUCCUCUAUGGUAUCAACGACGUCCUCGCAGCCGGCUACGACAAAGGCGCCUGCUUCCGUGCCGUCGUCGGCUGGGCCAGAAAGCCCCGAAGAACUGCCCCAUCCCAACCUCAACCUCAACCUCAACCUCAACCUCAACCACAACCACAACCACAACCAAAACCACAAGCAAAACCUCGAUCUCGACCUCGACUUCAAAUGGCCCAGCAACACGUCCCCUUCACAAUCAAAACCAGCCCAAGCACAUCUCAAUCCCACCGUGAAAGCAGCUACCACAACCGCGCCGCCAGAUUAGCUCGCUCCAACCCCAUUUUCGACGGCUACCCGCCCGACGAAACGCCCACGACCGCGAGCACGAUGACACCCCUCGCCCACCAGUAUUACGCACGAAGCUCCAGAUUGCAGUUCCAUACACCGAUAGAGCAGGUCCGGCAGGAUCUAACGCUUGAUACAAGAGGGAUUGAUCCGGGAAGUCAUGGUAGUCCGCAAUUUACAGAGAGCGCGGUUGAGCGUGGUGAGGUCGGGACGAUCCCGAUGAUGAUUGUUGAUUCGUGCUUUUCUGUACGUUAA